UUCACUCCUUCCUCUAUCUCCCGUUAAGUAUUAUGGUAUCAGAGCAUUUCUAAGUGGUGAAUCCAUUUGGCAAUUCAGUGAGCUUUUCGUUCAAUUCAUGGAGCCGUGCAAUGCUAAUUGCACUUUCGACCAAAAAUAAGGUCGGAUUCAUUGAUGGAACGAUCAAGCAACCAGAUGGAAAUCUACUCACAACCUAGAAAUGCAAUAAUGAUGUGGUAAUCUCUAGGAUUAUGAACUGGUUUCGAACGAGAUAGCAGCAAGCUUUGUUUAUUAUGAUUUAGCAAAGGAUAUUUGAGAUGCACUCAAGGAUCGUUUCCAAUAGAAUAAUGGACCACGAAUUUAUCAACUGCGAAAAGAAUUUGAGACGAUUUCUCAAGGUAAUCUAUCCAUUGAAGCCUAUUACACUAAGUUGAAAACAAUUUGGUAGGAACUGUGUGAAUAUCGUCCAUCGAAUACAUGUAGUUGUGGUGGAUUGAAGAUGGUUCUUGAUUAUUUUAAUUCAGAAUAUAUGUUAUGAUUUUUCUAAUGGGCCUCAACGAUUCUUAUACUGGUGUUCGCGCACAAAUACUUCUGAUGGGUCUUAUCCCACCAAUUAAUAAGGUUUUCUUCCUUAUCAUUCAAGAGGAGCAUCAACAGUUCUGUUCAGCAACUGACAUCUUCUUCUGAAUCUAUCACCUUGGCUGCUGCUACUGAAAAUUCCAAAAGGACUAUGAAUGAUCGACAUCACAAGAAGGAGUAUCAGCGCCCUUUACUGUACUCAUUGGAACCUUAAAGGUCACACCAUCGACCGCUGCUAUAAACUCCAUGGUUAUCCACCGGGAUAUAAGCAACGCAAUACUACAUCUGUUGCAUCUGCUUCCAGCAUCGUUGCAUCUGAUAAACAAACUCAUUAUUCUGCUGCUACUAAUGUUUCUUCUGACCAAUCUGAUUUUUUUUCUAGCCUCAAUACUAAUCAGUAUGCUCAACUCAUGGACAUGUUUCACGUUCAUCUCUCAACUGCCAAAAUAGAUGCUAUAUCUACUGCUCCUCAAUCUCAUGUAGCAGGAUAGGUUACGAUUGAAGACGAUUGGCAAGGCUAGCUGCAUGAGUGGUUUAUAUCUGCUUUCUCGGUCAUAUUUGAUAUUUGUUAAUGCUACUGCUGUUUCUAAGGUUUCUAUCGAUACUUGGCACAACCGCUUAGGACAUUUGUCUUCUAAAUGUCUUCAUUUGUUGAAAGAUACAUUGGAUCUAUCUUUUGUUUCUUAUACUGAUUCUUGUUCCAUUUGUCCAUUGGAAAAAC